UCACUAUCUCUCCCAAAACCUUCGAUAAUGGUCGGAUCUCUAGGCUUAACGCCGGAAUCCUUAAAGGCAUCUGGCCGGAGCUCCGAGAGUGUCAGCCUUCUUAUCCUUCAAGGUAAAAUCAAACGUGACCCAGACGGUUACGAAACGGAGCUCCAAUUGAUUUACAAACAGUUCAAAACCUCCGUCGAUGUCUUUCAGCAACAAGCAGCUGUCAGUUUCUCCUCCGUUGGCUCUGACCCUUCUGUUGCCAAAGACCUUGGUGACCGUGCCAUGUUUCUAGCUCAUGUUACUCCCUUUUACCCCAAGCAGCUCGCCGCGUUUCCAGCUCAAUUGACUGAUUUACUCCGCACUUCGUCCUUGGCAAUGCCCUCGGGCCUUCGAAACCAUGUUGCACAAGCUCUGAUUCUUCUAAUGAAUCGAAAGAGUCUUGUCAUCGAGGACUUGCUGGCUUUAUUUCUGGAUAUUCAGACUCUUGGUGACAAAAACCUGCGAACUCUUGCCUUUUCUCAUAUUGUUCAAACCAUUCGUAAGAUGAGUGCCACUGAUCCCAAACACAAAUCACUUCAGAAGAUUGUAAUCUCUAUGUUGGAGCUAGAAGAUGAAGCAAAGGCUAAGAGAGCACUUGCUACUCUUUGUGAGCUACACAAGAAAAAGAUCUGGCUUGGUGAUAAAAAUGAAAGAGUUGCAAUUGCAAUCUGUGAAGCCUGCUUUCAUACUUCACCUAGGAUAAUGAUUUCCGCCCUUCGAUUUCUUCUUGACUAUGAGAACAUUGACGAUGAUGAUGAUAGUGAUGCUGAAAGCGAUGAUGACGAGGAGGCAAAGAAAAUAUCUCAGGUUGUGAUUAGUCGACAGGCUAUUUACAAGGCAAACAACAAAGGUACAUCCUCUAGCAAGAAGAAAAAGCAAGCAAAACUGCAGCGUGCAGUGAAAAGUAUUAAAAAAAAGCAGCGUUCGUCGUCUGAGAAUACCACUUCAGCAUUUUCACCUCUUAAUCAUUUAAACGAUGCUCAGAAAUUCGCGGAGAGAUUGUUUUCCCGUCUUCAGACCAUAAAGGGCACUGGUGAACGUGCUGAGACCAGGUUGAUGAUGAUUAAAGUUAUUGCUCGCACAAUUGGUCUUCACAAGUUGCAUUUACUAAGUUUCUAUACUUUUCUUCAAAACUAUGCUAUGCCGCAUGUUAAGGAUAUUACACAAAUACUUGCAGCAGCAGUUCAGUCUUGCCACGAUGGGGUUCCUUCUGAUGCCGUGGAGCCACUGUUCAAGCAAAUAGUGAAUCAGUUUGUACACGACCGCUCACGUCCUGAGGCUAUUGCUGUUGGACUCAAUGUGGUACGAGAAAUGUGCCUUAGAAUUCACGAGUUGAUGAAAGAAGAGUUACUACAAGAUCUUGCUCUUUAUAAAAAGUCCCAUGAAAAAGCCAUCUCAGCAGCAGCUCGUUCCCUCAUAGCAUUGUUCAGAGAGAUCAACCCUUCGCUUCUGGUGAAAAAAGAUCGUGGUCGUCCUGGAGCUACCGUUGCCAAACCUAAACAAUAUGGAGAGGCUCAUGUCUUUAGCAAUGUUCCCAACGUUGAAUUAUUGCAAGAAAGUGAUCGUGAGAGUGGCUCUGAUGGUGAUCAAGAUGAUGAUGACACAGGGUUGCCUAGCUGCGAUGAUGUUGAGCAGGAGCUGAUAACUGAUGAUUGUAGUAGCGAGGAAGAAGCUGAAGACGAUUCUAAUGAUGGUGAUGAUAUGACUAUAGCUGAAGAUGAUAGUGAUAUAGAUACUUCAAUAGGAGGUGGUGAAGACGAAGAGAUGAAUGAUAGUGAUGAAGCUGACACAGAUUCGGAAAAUGAGGUGAUGGAAAGCGAAGAUGACGAUGGAGAAGCUUCUGAUUCUUGUGGAGAAGAUAGUGGAAAUAAAGAGAAAGCAAAGGGGACAAAGAGGAAGAUUGCAGAUUUUGAUGCGAAUCUUCUCUCUGCUGAUACAAGCCUACGAGCACUCAAGAGAUUCGCAGAAGCAAAGACCGAACAGCCAUCUUUUGAUGAAAAUGAUGGCAUACUUUCGAAUGAGGACUUCCGAAAAAUCAAAGAACUUCAGGCAAAGAAGGAAGCAAAAAUUGCAUUGGCUCGAAAAGGUUUCAAGGUUCCGGAUUCGGAUCAGCUAAGUAAGAAGAGAGUCGAUCCAGCCAAGCUUGAAGCUCACAUAAGGCAUAAGCUAACAAAGGAGCAAAGACUAGAACUAGUUAAAGCUGGAAGAGAGGACCGAGGGAAAUACCAAGCCAGGGCUGCCAUCAAACAGAAGAAGACUGGAGGAUCAAGCAAUAAACAGAAGGAGCACAGGAAGAAUAUGCCUCUUGCUGCAAUAAGAUCAAAGGCUGGGAAAUCAAAGCGAACCAAGAAGAUGAAGAAUAGCCUCAGUGGAAGCCAGUUUAGAGGAAGGAAAGCCUGGAAGUGAAAAAUGACCAUAGCUCUUAAUUCUUCUGUCUCAAAACUGAACACAAUUUUGAUUUUGUUUACUUUUUGCAUAAUUAUGUUUUGUCUGUCUACAGUUUUGGUCUUGAGGUCGUUUCCUGUCACCAAACGUGUUAUUUAUAGUGAGAGUAAUAGUUUCAUA